GGGAUUAGGUGGCAUCCUGCAAGCACAGAGCAGAGACACACUCACACACUUAGCCUGCAGAUUAGAAUGAACACAAGCUAAAGCAGGAACGCGGAACCAGAAGCAAACUGCGUUCGGUGGGCGACGAACAAUGUUUGUGCUUUCUUUCUGAUGGAGGCUGUUGUGAUCUCUCAAACUGUAAAGUCUGAGUGAAGAGGUGCGAUGUCACCAGUGGUGGACGAGACAGCGGGGGAUCUCCCAGUCAGAGAUGUUGGACUGAUGAGGGGGGGGCUGAUGCCCACAGUCCCAGAUACCCUACGAGAUGUGAAGGCAUGGAAGAAGCAUCAUGUCAUGAAGACCAAAGAUCCUCAGCACGUGUUUCGGUUUCCCAGGGAGCACCUGGAGGACCUGUGCCUGCGGCUGCAGGAGGAGAACGGUGUCCUAAGACAACACACGCGUACACAGGAGCAGAGGCUCCGCAGGAUGUCCGCCAGGCUGAUGCGUCUUCGACAGGCUCCUCCUGGGUCCAGUGGUGCAAAGGAGAGGGACAUGGAGGACACCAUCCAGGAGCUGGAGGCGCGUGUGGCUUCACUGGAGAGCCAGAAAGGGGUCCUACAAAACAAGCUCAGCCUGGCCAAGCAGCACAUUAUGGACCUGGGGGGGCGCAUGCAGCACCGCUACAGUAAAGGUAAAACUAUGGAGCUGGAGGCUGGAGUUAGGAGAGCAGCUCAAACGGCCCCCCCUCGCUACGGGCCCACUCUGGAGGACCCCAGGGGAGAGAUGGAGAGAUUCAGGUCCAGUAUAGCGGAGCAGGUGAGGAUGGCAGAGCUGGAGCUGAGCGCCCAGGCCCUCAGAGACACGCUGAAGGAGAAAGAGGCAGAAGUAGAGGGAACCCUGAGAGAGAUGAGAAAGCAGCAUGCGGACAGACACAGAAUAACUAUCAGAGAGAAUGUCGAUAUCAUCCGUCUGCAAAAACAACUUUCAGAAAAGAGCACAGCCCUGAGAGUCACCCAGGAGAAGUUUAAUGACCUGCAGGAAGCGUAUGAGAAUCAGUUGGAGGAGAGGCAGCGGUCGUUAACGGAAAGCCAGGGAGCUCUGCUGCAGAAGGUGGAGGAGCUGUCUGAACAGCUGAAGCAGGAGAGGCAGCGAGCCGUGGCGCUGGAGGGACAACUCAGCACCACCAACCUGUCCCUACAGACCCUGGACAAGCAACAGGAGAGGAUAUCAGACCUGGAAGGAGAGAGGGAUCUGAUAAAGAAAAACUAUGACACCCUACUUGAAAGUACUUUAUCUAACCAAUGCAAUGACAAUGGACAAGCGGGAAAACCAACAGAUGUGGAUCAGGAGAGUGAAAAAGUCUUCAGGACCGAUGUCCAGCGACUGGAGGAAAUGCUGCGAGCAGAGCGGGAGCAGAGAGGGAGACUGGAAGUGGAGCUGGAGGAGCUGAGACAAGAAAAGGAGUCGUUGCAGGAGCAGAGGGAGCAAGAGAGGGAGUUAUCUGUGACGAGCAGAGACACGAGAGAGCGUCUAGAGCAGGAGGUUCUUCAGUACAGAGAACAGGUCUCUGCUCUGCAGGACAGACUGGACUCUGUCACUGAGGUGUUUGACAUGAGUGUUGAGGAGCUCAGUGAAACUCUGUUGCAGAUUAAGGCAUUUAGGAUGCAGCAGGAGAGCAGGGAGGGUCUGCGUUUCCUCUUAGCUGAUGGGAAGGUGACGGAUUCGCCCCACGAGCCGGUGAACGCCCAGGCACUGCAGGCUGAGACUGUCCUGGAGCUUCAAAAAACCAGGAACCUUCUACUGCUGGAGCACAGGAUCAGCAAAGACCUGCGAGAGGAGCUAAACACCGUCAGCCAGAAGAUGGAGAGAGAAAGAGAAGAGAGCCAGAGAAGAGUAGCAGAGAAAGACAAACUUUUGGCAAAGCGAGCGUUGCAGAUCAACACGUUACAAGCUCAGUUAAAGGAAUUGGCCUACAGCCCCAGGAACUACAAACGCACCAUACCAGUGCAGUACACAUGGCCGGCUGGGGAUCAGGAGGUGGUACAGCCCAUCGAGGACGACCUGGCCUUUUCCCGGCUGAGGCCCGGAGAGUCGAUGUUGGAGAUUCACCUCAAGGCUGCCACAUUCACUCCAGCAGGACUCAGAACGAUGGGCAACGUCCACCCUGGAGUGGACGUUAGUGAUGAGAUUGUGACCUUCUGCACCUACAGCCUCCUGGACUUUGAGGUCCACUCCACCCCCCUGGUGUCCGGCGACCAGCCCAACUUCGGCUUCACGUCCCGCUAUGCUCUGACAGCCCAUGAUCUGGGCAGGCUAGGGGGUCAGGGGUCAAGGGUCAGAGUGGAGCUCCACCAGGCGUUAGGAGGGGUCAGGUUUGUGACGCAUGGAAGUGGGCAGAUGUCUCUCAUUGGCGCUGUAGAGAGGAGAGGGGAGCGAAUCAGUGGCUGUGUCACUAUUACAGGCUCUGAGGGUGGAAUAGUUGGUGUUGUGGAUUUCUGGGUGCGUCUGUUCCCUCCUGCAGAGCCCAUGGACGCCGUUACUGAGAGACCAGCUGACAGGAGAACAGCAGCAGACAGGAGCCUCGUGCCGGCCUUCUAUGGCUGGCAGGAAGGCCAUGAGUUACAUGACUACGGUGGAGGGAUCCCAAAUGAGUUGGUGGUGACGUUGGAGCGCUGCGUGGGCCUGAAUACGCGCUGGCCUGGACUCCUGCCUGAUGCCUACCUGACAUUCAGGUUCUACGACCUGCCCCCUCACGUCUCUCAAACCGUGCAGUGCAGCGCUGACCCGGUGUUCAACGAUACCACCAGCUACCCCCUGGCAGUGUCAACACAUGUGUUGCACUAUUUGAGGUCUAGUAGUCUGUGGGUUUAUGUGUUUGAUGACAGCGAUGACCAAGUACCACCCACCUAUCUGGCCAAGACCCCCAUCCCACUGCGAGCCUUGGCUGCAGGCAGAGACAUCAGAGGGGACUAUGUCCUGAGGGAUGCAGCUGGUGGGCCUCGAGGCAUGGUCAGGAUCAUGGUUAGGUGGAAGUACCCCUUCCAGCCACCGCCAGACCACCUGCUGAACAAAGAGAGGAAGGAAGCAAACAAGCAAGGCAGUGCAAAGGAAAGCACUGAGAGGGAAGAGAGGAGGAAAGACAUGGCUGAGGUGUCACAGAGGCCUGUAGCCAAGCCCAGAGUGAAGACUCAGCUGCUCGAGGUAAGAGAAAUGGGAAAGAAGGAGACAAAAGCCUGGAGGGGCUCACAAAACAGUAGAAAAGAGAAGACCACAUCUUUGAGCCAGUCCAGAGACAGGAAGCGAUCCACCAACAGGUCCCCUGACCUUUAUGCAGACACAAGCCUUCUGACACCUGAGCCGAAACAGACAACCCCCUCUCAUUUACCUACUAGCAAAUCUUCAGAGAGAACAUCUUCCAGACAAACACCAGACACUCUGUCCAGGAGAAGCUCAGCUAGCAAUGCUUGGACUUCGGAACUUCCCUCUGUUGAUCAGAGGUCUAUGGAUGAAGACAAGGAUGAAGAGGAGAGGAGUGAGAGUGCUGCUGCAGGAGACAUCGAAGCCCCCGACUCCUCAGAGUCCAGUACCUCACAAAGCGACAUAGUCAUCAUUCCACCAAAACGAAAAAUAAAAAAGGGAGACAAACUGAAAGUCGAGAUUCUGUCGCUGACGUUUGAACCGUCAUCACAUGUGGCGUUGGAUGAGUCGGUGCAGCGGGUUUACGUGGAGUAUCGGCUGGUAGGGGUUCCCAUGGAAACGACAGAGACGCCGAUGUCCCUCCGUAAACCCAUGGAAGGGGAGGAAAUUCACUACAACUUCACACGAGUGAUCUAUGUGGAUGGUUCUCAGUCAGCUCCACUUAGACAGUAUCUCUACACAAUGCUGGAGGGCACUGACCCCAACCACGGCAGGUUAAAGUUUACAGUAGUCAGUGAGCCUAUGGACGAUGACGACGAGUGUAUGGAUGUCGGACAUGCUUUUCUGGACUUACAGGAACUGCUGCUCACAGGAAAUGAUAUCAUCGAACAACAAAUAGAUAUCAUGAGUGUUGAUGAAGACAAGGAGGUGAUAGGAAAUCUAAAAGUGUCUCUGAAAGCUGCAAAAGCUCUGACUGGGAUAUAUCAGGAGUUUCAGCAGAAGGAUGAGAGGCAAGAAGAAGCGAAAGAUGAGGAGGAGAAGGAGGAGACAGAAGAAGAUCAAGAGGGAGAGAAGGAAAAAGAUCAGAUACAAGUAAUAGAUUAUGAUGACAGUGACUUCUACUGAAUGAGAUAAACAGGGAACUUGUCCAAAGCAUUAUGAAGGAGCUACUGUCAGUUUGUAGUAUGUGUAUAUUAUUAUUAUUAUUAUUAUUAUUAUUAUUGUUGUUGUUUUUGUUAUUAUUAUUAUUAUUAUUAUAGAAAUCAAAUUAAUAAUCAAAUUAUUCCUUCAUUUUUGCUUUCAUGUGUGCACUAUAUAAUACGUGUAGUGAAAGAAACAAAAGCUUUAUUUAUCCAGAUUGUUAAGAAUAACUGUUGUCAUUAGUUGCCAGUAUGUUGUACUGAGCACUGUAUCCUUCAAAUUGUAAAAAUGACUGAAUAAACGACUGAAUCGUCUUCAAAGACUAUAGACUUCCGGCAUCUGAUUGACAGCACACCUGAUUCAGGUGAUGAGCAGUGGGCGGGGAUAACGGGAAAACAAGCAGGAGAGCAGCGAUGAGGGAUUGGUGGUGCUGCAUUAAAUGCAGUUUAAAUGUAUCGGAUUUUUAGGAUUUUGAACACUAACUAUAAUUACAGUUAUAUUAAAUAGUUUUUUUAGUAUUAUAGUAAUAGAGGUUGUUAGAAUAGUAAUGAUGAAUAAUAUUCCGUUUGUAUUCUUGCCUGCGCUUCCAAGUUCGCCAGGUUAAGUUCCCACCGCAACUGAAGGCGCCAUCAAACAGGAGACCUGGCGGUAACGGCUGAGGCUUGUCACACUUUUAAAGUCUUCGAACAACGUUUAGAAGAACGUGGGGACGUUUCUCGAGGCCGCUGGAAGCAGAAAGAUAGACUUUUUGACGUUUGUGUCGGCGUGACGCUAUUCGCCGCUAAGCUACUUGAAACUGCGGAGCUCUAAAUCCAAAGGCUGGCGCUGAAAGUUUGGUUAGCAUUAGCUUAGCACAUAAGCUCAGCCAUGAAGGAGACGAUGCCGGUGGUGAAGCACCAGCAGGCCAGUCAGCUGCUUCAUAACAAGUUCGUUGUGGUGCUGGGCGACUCCAUUCAGAGGUCCGUGUACAAAGACCUCGUCCUGCUGCUACAGAAGGACAAGUAUCUCACCUCGGCUCAGCUCAAGAGAAAG